GUUUCUUUCGCUUGUCUGGACGAGUCGUUUACAAGGGUGUGUGUGCCCAGCUGAACUCAUGUGGAGGACAUUUCAGUAUUUCGACGGUGCGCUGUGUACCUGCUUGCUAGGAUUAUCCCGGUGUGGUGUAUGUGUAUUUGAAUAUCGUGUCCGUGCAUUAUGCUUAUGCAUCUUUCUUGGGCAAGGCUUUGGUCUGCUAGCAGUGUAUAGUCCUCGGAUCUAUUCCGCAUUGAUCUACAGUAGCAUUCUAUAUUUGUGUUUGUAUUUAUUACUGUUGACCUGCUUUGCGGGGUUGGUCUCGCACUCGCCCGCAUUUACCUGCAGCCUUGUUGCAUGCUGUGUUAUUGAGCUGGUCGAGUCACAUGUAAGCUUGCGCUUGCUCCAUUUCUAUUUCCGGUCUAUGAUUGUCUGAUUUGUAUUUGUACAGAGUAGGUACCUUUUUUUUUCUUUUUGAGUUAGCCGCUUC